UUGAGACACUCUCCAGAUAGCUGAGCGCAGAUAGUUUUUUAACGUCCAGUCAGUGAACAGCUCUUUAUCCGUCAGGUCUUUUGUCCACUUCAAUACAAAAACAGCCCGUCUUAUCGGACUAACAUUAAAUAAACCUGGCUAUAAUAGAGUAUAAGGACCAUGCGUGAAGGACUUUUAAAACUUCUUUGCAUUUUCAUGUUGUCGUUGCGUCCUUGUUGUGAAGCAUCAACCGUUAUUUAUCAGAUUCCUGUCAGACGGACAGUUUCAGAGCAAAGCACCGGACGCCCCCCUGCUGCUGUAAACACAGUCCACAGGAAUUGGUGCCAGUACACAGUACAGAAGACGGUUUCAUGUCAGACACAGAAUGGAACAGAGACCGUUGUCCAACGACUGUUUCAGAGCUGUCGCUGGCCUGGGCCGUGUUCAAACCUCAUCAGCUAUAGGACCCUGGUGAGACCCGUGUACAGAGUGACCUACCGGAAAAUCACAUCUCUGGAAUGGCGCUGCUGUCCCGGAUUCUAUGGGGAGGACUGCCGGGAGGAAUGCAUGAACUGCACCGGCUAUGCUGAUAUCACUGAGCGGUUGAGUGUCGUUGAAGCUCAGAUAAUGUUACUAAAAGACGCUGAGACGCCCAUUUUCCCCUUAUCCAGCCAAUCACCUGAGAGAACGGCUGAUAAUGAGGUUGACAGCCCCCACCCCUCACCCAUAACACCCAAUGCCAUUGGCCGACCAGGGCCCCCAGGUCCCCCUGGACCUUUAGGAAAGACAGGAUUGUCUGGGAAACCCGGGCCUGUAGGACCCAAAGGAUCUCAGGGAUUGCAGGGUCCCCCAGGAGAGAGGGGCCUUCCUGGGCCCCCUGGACCUCCAGGGCCCACUGCAUCUACUCCCUUUUCCAUCAGGGGAGACGUUUUUACCCUAAUGGCUAGACAACAAGCCCAAUAUGAUGGUGAACUUGACUUACAGACUUUACUUGGACCCCCUGGACCCUCUGGCCCACCUGGUCCACCAGGGCCUGCUGGACCACCUGGUGAUCCAGGAACCCCUGGUAAAAAUGCUGCCUUAAGCUCUUUAGGUAAGCCAGGGGACCGGGGGCCCAAAGGUGACCCUGGAGAAAGAGGUCCACCUGGAUUGACUGGAAAACAAGGACAACCUGGUGCUCCCGGUCCUAAAGGUGAGUCAGGAGAGACUCCAUCCGAGGUACAACAGUUAAGAGAAGCUCUCAAGAUUCUAGCCGAGAGACUUCUCAUCCUAGAACACAUGAUCGGCGUUCACGAUACUCUCCUGGAGUCAGGUUCUGGAAUAGAUCUCCUGGCAGAUUUUGCUCCAGCAGUGGGCGCUAAAAGUGCACGCAGACUGUCCUCUCGUCUUACCUCGGACACAGAGUAGCCAGACUCUGUUUAUGGGGGCGAAGAUUUAGUAAUUGUGACCACAAGAGAUCCCAGUGAUUUUACACACCGUUCAUUAAAGCCCCACUCAAGUGCGCUGUAUAGAGACUGGAGCUCUCCAGCAAACACAAAGUAUUUCUGCAAUGUUUUUCUUUUUUUGUAUUGUGUUGCCAUAAUCAUCAUUGGUUUCGGCCUCGGCUUUACAUGAAAACAAUCCAUAGCUCAAAUAAAAAUGCACUACAAUAGAGCUUUAAAAUAUAAAAAAUGCAACUUCCACCGCAACAAAAUAGGUUUACACCUUUGCUCACCUGUUCUUUUUCAUAAAGCCCAUCAUUGACUCGCUGCCAACACAAAAUGGCAGAAUGCACCAAGGGCUGCUAUUAAUAGGUUGAGGUGAAUAGCCUGCGAUACACAAAAGGCCCUGGUGACCUUGUUCAGGAACGUCGGGUUGAACGGCCCGUAUGGCUUGAGCUUAUUGUUCCAGCUGAGCUUUUAAAAUCCCCUUUGGGAUAGAAAGGAUUUUUUAAAGAAUCUUGGGUGUUUUCCUUAUCGUGUUUUAUAAAGAGGAAUUAAGUAGCCCAACUGUUUGAUUAAAUAUUUUCUACACACUUAUUGCUCAUAUUGUGACGUUUUGAUUUUGUCUUUUAUAAAUACAUUUUAGUAAUAAAAACUCAUUUUGUUA